ACCUGACACAAAGCCUUCACACUAUAGCUUCUGUCUUCACUAGUCAAGUAAAAGAAACUGUCGGCAAGCCUCUAUAUCACAUUUUAGUAUUACUGACGGAGUUGGUGGUGGUGUUAGUGGUGGCGCCGCUUCUUUACUUGACAAGACUAAUACACAAUGCAAUUCCGCCGCAGUUUCAGCCAAGCCAUGAAGUUAUUCCUUUUGUUAAUGGUGUUUAAAUGUUUACUGGUCUCCGCCAGCGUUAAACACCUCGUCACAGACACACAUUGGAAACCCGCCACUACCACCUGGUAUGGUGAUCCCGAAGGCGACGGUAGUGACGGAGGGGCGUGUGGCUAUGGUUCGUUGGUGGACGUAAAGCCGCUGAGGGCCAGAGUGGGUGCGGUGAGUCCGAUACUUUUCAAGAACGGCGAGGGAUGUGGGGCCUGCUACAAAGUGAAGUGCUUGGACAAGAGCAUUUGCUCAAGAAGGGCAGUCACCAUAAUUGUAACGGACGAGUGCCCAGGUGGCUACUGCUCCAAUGGCCGCACCCACUUUGACCUCAGUGGUGCAGCCUUUGGCCGCAUGGCCGUUACCGGCGAGGGCUCCCAGCUCCGCAACCGAGGCGAGCUCCCAGUCAUCUAUAGACGGACGCCGUGUAAGUAUCCUGGGAAGAACAUAGCGUUCCAUGUGAACGAAGGUUCGACUGAUUACUGGCUGUCAAUUCUGGUGGAAUUUGAGGAUGGAGAUGGGGAUGUGGGAUCGAUGCAAAUAAGAGAAGCAAAUUCCAACCAGUGGUUGCAGAUGAAUCAUCUAUGGGGAGCAAAUUGGUGUAUUAUUGGGGGACCUUUAAAGGGACCAUUCUCGGUGAAGAUAACCACACUUUCAACAGAACGAGCUCUAUCUGCAAGGGAUGUUAUUCCAAGGAACUGGUCUCCCAAAGCUACUUACACAUCUCGCCUCAAUUUCAACUUCUAAUGCUCAAGAUUGCUGCAAUAAGCACCUUUAUGUCACCCCAGCUCUGGAUCUCUCAUGGCAUAGAAGUAGCCUUUUUCUCUGCUGGGUUUUUCUUUUUUUUACAUUUUCUUAGAAAGAAAGGAGCCAUUAGACAUCAUCAAAUCGUCCAUGGUCUUUUCUUUUUCAUCUAACUUCAUUUGGUGCCAUUAUUAGUGUGCAAGUGUGUGGUAAAUGUUGUUGCCCUCUCCAAAGGGAGAGAGAGCGUAUAAGAAUAGUACAUGUAAUAUCGUGGACCCUGUUUUGUUUCUAAUAAAUUUAUAGUUGUAGCAUUGAAUUGAA